CAGAAGCUUUGUCAGGCAUUGCACACUAAUUUUGAAAUUAAGUGAUAAAUUUAUUAAAUUCAGCAGAUCCUUCCUCAACAAACUGAAUGAAAUAAUCUUUGAAGUCAUUUGCCGAAACGGUCCGAAAGUCCCCCCCCCUUUUUAUACGCCAGUGAUAUUUUUACUCAGCGGAAAUUCUGUGUUCACAACAGUUUAGCGCAUUUAUAUUUCGAUCACAAAAUUAUUUCAUUUCUAUCGUUUAUUCUUUUCUUUUAAAUUAGUUUAUACUUGGAAUUGAAGAAUAUAUAUAAUAUAUAUUGCUAGAAGAAAUUUUGAAGUUAUGGCAGAAUUCCCAGUAGUAAAAACAACCCGUGAAAGCUGGUUCGAAGAGCAUCCAAAAUACUUGGAAAUAAAGUCCUAUGGUUACGAUGUGUGUUUACGAGAAGCCAUGUUUAUUUAUCUAGAUCUCAUUGAAGUCAAACAUUGGUUUGAUGUAGAACUGUGUCGUUGUGAUGCGAUUAAAAACGUUUAUAUUGUUGGCAGGCCUCUAAAGAAAUGCCAAAUUGAACUAGUUGUACCAACUGCAACCUCAAAUUUAUUCACUCAUGCAGACUUUCGUAGAAUUAUUACAGAGGUAUGCCAGGCUUAUAUGAGUUCUGGAAUGGGAGAGAAAUUUGGUGCAAGUGAAGCUAAAAGUGUUUAUUUGGCAAUCAUGGACAGUAGUUCUACAGUAGUUUAUUAUAAGAUGACUGAUGGACUUGUAUCCCCAGAUGAGGUUGGUGAUGAUGAUGCAGAAGUUGAUUCACUGAUAAGAUGGAAAAGGAGCAAUAAGAACAGACAAAAUAAAUCUUAAAUAAAGUUAUGCAGUGUAUUCUUUGUGAUUUGUUACCCUGACUAGACAUUUCACGAGACACUGACAUUUCAUAAUAUGAGCAUUGCUCAAGUAACAGCAGGCGCGGAUCCAGACCGUGGCAAAAGUGGCUCGAGCCACGGUCAGAUUUUUCCCACCUAAGAUUUUCCGGGGUUCACCUUUGUUGGAUACUGC